UCGUCACUUCCUCCACAUCCAAUAUGGCGGCGGGUGGAUUGCCGUGACGUCACUUCCUGUUCCGGAAGCCGAGCGGGCGCGGGGCGGCGGGACAUUUGAACCAAUUCCUGCGAUACUGUCGGCGGGGAGACUCCGUGAAGCGCUGUGUUUAUCGGAUUUCCGUCCAUGUACAGAUCUAAUCGACUAUUCCCGGAGAAUUGUAUCUGGGGAAGCCGAGUCCUGGGAGAGUUGUGAGGGGUUAUGUAAUCCUGGAAAACCGCGGGCGGCUGUACACACAGAGCGGUGACAUUUCUCCAGUAGCGUCAUCCUCCACCCGAGAGCAUUGCUGACAUCUGGAGCCGCUGCCAUGUCUGGGCGGAAGAAAAGGAGCGGCAGCCGGGGGACGGUGACCUGGGGCCAGGACAGUAUCGCUUCUCCACGGGUCAGAAGAUCACAGAGACAUUCUGCGUCGUUCAACAAGUCUUCAGACAGCCCGAUGCCUGCACCAGUGAUGAAACGAUCCGUCACCGCUAAGAAAAUCAUGCCUCGCAAAACACUGGCUGCACUCGCCUCUGCUGAAUCUCAGCCUGUUACUACAUCCACGGUAGAACGAUCCAGUCUCUGCUCCAGUUCAGCUCAGCCUAAGAUGGUACAGACUGCUCCACAGUCCACCCCAAAAGUGUCAAAUGUUGCAGCUCCUCCUAGGAGAAGUUCAAGGAUUUCCCCAAGUGCGGGAAAAGAAAAUGUAAUACUUAAGUCCCAAGAUAUUGCUAAAGUAGUACAAGGCGACUCCACAACCUCCAAAAUAGACAUCCUAUCUCCUAUUCCUCUGAACAUACCCCAGUCACCUACCUAUGAAGACCGACAGAAAGUGAUGUCUCAGAAAGUACGGCGCUCUUACAGCAGAUUGGAGAUGUCUCUGAAUGGCAGCUCGUUUUUGUACAGUCCCACCAAGAACACUGAUUCAUCUGACACCUCUACCCCAAACUUUACAUCAAAAUCAGGUCGGAGGUCACUUUUUGGGUUUGAUAAACUUAUGAGCUCAGAAGAUGAUGUGGAGAACAAGAAAGUUGGUGAGAAAAUGAAAGAGACAUUUAAUGAAAGCUCAAAUGGGACAUCCAUGAGGCCAUCUGUGGAAGAGCCAGACUUUAACAUCCCUGGUGUGGCUGUACCCAAACUGAAAAGGAAGAAACGUAAAGUUCCACAGAUUAAGGUUUCGGCUCUGGAUGACUGGGCGGCAGCCAUGAAUGCGCAGUUUGAUGAAGCGGAGAAAUUUGACCUGCAUGUGGAGUGACAGGACUGCUUGUGUAUAUACGAUGUAUAGAACCUUCUAUAGACUUGUUCUUAAAUCUAGUUGUCACGUCUUGUCUUUUUUGUACAUGUAUAUUUUUGUUGCUUAUUUUAAGGUGGCAGGUUCUUUUACUAAAGACAGAUUGUAUAG